GUCUCAACAAACACAAAGAUAAAAAGCCUACUAAAGUCAUUAGCAAUUUAAAACCAAAAUUUUUGAUUAGUUACAAAAAAAAUAAAAAAUUAUAUCAUAACAAUAUUAUUGUUGUUGUGUUUCUGACAUUGUGGGUCAGAAUCUUUUGUGGUUUUUUUCCUUUUCUUCAUUCAUGGGGUUGUUCUUAGCUUAGCAGACAAGCACUUAAAAAAAGAACAAAUUUUUAAUUUUUAUUUUUUCAACUUUUGACAUUUCUUGAUAAAUUGGCUUUGAAUUUUUCAUUAUGAGUAGUAAAGAGUUGUUGAGAAUGAAAACUAAAAAGGCAAAUGGGAAUGGAGUUUCAUCAUCAGGAUGGGAAAUGAGGCCAGGAGGAAUGUUAGUACAAAAGAGAAGUUCUGAUCAUAAUUCAAAUCAAAGUUCAAAUAUUGUUGUUCCAAUUAUUAGACUCAAAGUUAAAUAUGGUUCAUCUUAUCAUGAAGUCAAAAUUAGCUCACAAGCAACUUUUGGGGAGUUGAAGAAAAUGUUGGCAGGGCCAACUGGAUUACAUACUGAAGAUCAGAAAAUAUUUUACAAGGAAAAAGAAAAAGAUUCUAGAAAUUUUCUUGAUGUUUCUGGUAUAAAAGAUGGAUCAAAGCUUGUACUAAUUGAAGAUGAAAUAAGCAGAGAAAAAAGGUAUCUUGAAUCAAGAAGAAAUGCAAAAAUGGAAAAUGCAUCAAAAGAAAUCACAUCAAUUAGACUUGAAAUUGAUAAACUAGCUAAACAGGUUGCAAAUGUUGAAAUGGACAUUUAUGGUGGCAAAAAAGUAACAGAGACUUUGUUAUUGAGUUUGAUUGAAAUGUUAAUGACACAAUUGAUUAAGUUGGAUGGAAUUACUGCUGAUGGUGAUCUUAAAUUACAGAGAAGAAUGCAGGUGAAAAGGGUGCAAAAAUACAUAGAGACUCUAGACAUGUUGAAAAUAAGAAAUUCAACACUUGGAAAUGACAAUGCCAAAGUGUCAAUGAAGCACAAAAAUAGAAUAUUCACAGGACAAAUGGCAAAAUCAAUUUAUUAUCAACAAGAACAAAGAAAGAUGGGAAAUUUUGCUGAUGAGAAAAGCCCAGGGCCAGUUGUAGUGACAACAAAAUGGGAAACUUUCUAAGAAUUGAUUAAUAAAUAAUAAUUAAAAAAAGCCUAAGGAAUAUUAGUGUGUGCUUUGAAAAUAUAUAUAUAUAUAUAUAUAUAUAUAUAUAUAAUUCAGUGGCUUUGGUGGAAAGGGUAUAAAGUUAGAGGGUACAUAAAUAAAUUUUGGUUUUGUGAAUUCAUUUGCCUUCAUUUCUUUUUCCUAUUUAGAUUUUUGACCCCAAAUGUUUUUGGGGUUGAAAAAAUAAUGUGGUGAUAUGUUAUGUAGCCUUUGAAUUCCAAGUUGUAUAAAUGUGUAUAUAUAAUGCCAGCAUCUGGUGAAUUAGAAAAGGUUAUGGUUUUACUUAGAA